AUGCGUGCGAGCGCGUUCGCGUCUUCGCCGCAUCGCGGCACCUUCUUCGUCGUCGCCCUCGCGAUCGCGUGCCUUCUCGCGGGAUAUCUCACCGCGAACGUCGUUCGAACCGAAACGGACGAGGCGCGGGUAGCGCUCGAGGCGCGGAGGAGGAGCCCGAUCGAUAGCACAGCGACUAAGGAGAGAUGGUCGGCGUCGUCGUCUUCCGUCGUCGCCUCUCGAGGAUCGCGCGACGACGACCGCGCGAGAUACGACGACGACGAGGACGAGAUGCGCGUCGUCGUCCGCGCGACGCUCGAGGACCUGAAGCGUGAGGGCGCGCGGACGGGCGACAACAAGAGGCGCGACGCCGUCGACGCGCGGGACCGCGCGCCGGGGCGUCCUCCGAUCGAGGCGUCCGAUUCCGAAUCCGACGACGCUCUCCGACGAAGCCUCGAAGACGACGUGUGCGCGGCGUUGAAGCGGAACAGAAGCGACGACUUGCCGUACACUGAGGACAAGUGGAACUUGAACGUCUAUCCGAGCCGCGACGGCUCGAGGGAGUUCGUGUUGUGCGCGUCCGCGAAGACGGGGUGCUCGCAGUGGGUCAUGCUGCUGAACUAUCUGUGGAACGGCAAAAAGAUAGUCCCGAAGAGUAAGAGCGCGAACGGCGCCGGCGACGAAUCGUCGCUCGGCGACAUCCACUUGACGGGCGCGAGGCAGGCGACCGUUGUCAAGAGCGACAGCGCCGUCCUGCGCGACGCUUCGGUGCCGAGAAUUCUCAUCAUGAGAGAUCCGUACGAGCGCACGGUGAGCUCGUAUCACGACUUCCGUCGACGAAACGCGGCGUCGGACGACGCGGCGCACAGAGACGGGCUGAGGGUCCCUCGCUAUCAAUCCCGACACACCUCGACGCCUUUCAACUCCGCUUCUGACGCCUAUAAACUCCACCCCGACGUCGCUUUGUAUGGAACGACACUGAGGAACGUCACGUUCGAAGAGUUCAUCGUUCAGCACGUUCAAGGCGACGCGCGAUCGGCGCAGAAUCGCGAUCACCGCUCGCCCAUCAGCGAUCACUGCUCGAUCAAGACGUGGCGGCAGCGCGGGUGGGAUUACGUGCUUCAACUCGAGCAGAUGAGCCUGUGGCUUCCGUGCGUGUUGCGGACGUUGCGUCUCGAGGACGUCGUGCGCUCGGGGUGGUACGGCGACUCGUCGCUGUUUAACGUGCCCGACCGACCGACCGUUCAGGACGUCAUCCGCGUCGCUCUCGGGGGGAGCGACGCGAAGAGGGCGGCGCGCGGCGCGACGAAAGCCGUCGUCAUCGGUCACGAGGCGCCGGACGACGAGGAUUUGCACACGCGCGCGACCAUCGAGAUCGUCAAUCGCGUCUUCCACGACGAUUUCGUGAUCGGAGGGUACAAGCUGCGCGAGUCGUAG